ACCUCUUCAUUCUUCUCAUCAUAUAGUUUCCUUUUAAGUUUGUUUCCAAAAGAGAAAAAAGAAAAGUACAUAUUUCCUUAAUUCUGUCAAUAUAGUGGAAAUUGCUAUUUGCUAGUGUUCGUUCUAGCCUCAAAUACAUUUACAGUACUAAUUAAGUGAAGUGCAAGAAAAAGAUGGAGUUUGACUUGACACCCAAGUUUGCACAAAAGGUUUUCGAGGGAGAAGGUGGAGCAUACUAUAGUUGGUCAAGUUCUGAAUUUCCGAUACUUGGUGAGGGCAAGGUUGGUGCUGGUAAGCUUGUUCUGCAGCCUCGCGGCUUUGCUCUUCCCCACUAUGCAGGUUCUUCCAAAGUCGGUUAUGUUCUUGGAGGUGGUGAUGGAAUUGUUGGAAUGGUAUUCCCUAAAACAUCAAAGGAGGUGGUAUUGAAACUCAAGAAAGGAGAUGUCAUACCUGUGGUAAUGGGAGCAGUCUCAUGGUGGUUCAAUGAUGGAGAUUCUGAAUUGGUUAUAGUAUUCUUAGGUGAAACUUCAAAGUCAUAUAUUCCUGGCGAAUUCACCUACUUCUUUUUAAGUGGGGCUCUGGGUAUCAUGGGAGGUUUCUCUCCAGAGUUCCUUAGUAGAGCUUAUAAAAUGAAUAAAGAUGAAGCAAAUAAGCUCGCAAAAAGCCAAACUGGGGUUCUGAUAAUUAAGCUACAAGAAGGAAAAACUAUGCCUAAACCAAACGAAAACUAUACUAAUAAAUUGCUCUAUAACAUUGAAGCUACAUUGCCUGAUAUUCGUGUCAAGAAUGGUGGACAAGUCACUACAUUGACAGAAGCCAAGUUUCCUUUUCUUGAUCAAGUUGAGCUGAGCACCAAACUCGUUAGACUUGAUGCUAAUGCAAUGUUUUCACCAACGUAUACUACUGAUUCUUCAGUUCAAUUGAUUUAUGUUGUGAAAGGGAUUGGUCAGAUUCAAAUUGUGGGCAUUAAUGGUAAGCAAGUCUUGGACACUGAAGUGAAGCCUGGUCACUUGCUUGUUGUACCAAGAUUUUUUGUGGUUGCCAAACUUGCAGGUGGAGAUGGACUGGAAUGUUUCUCUAUAACAACAUCUAAGAAGCCUGCCUUCGAGAAUUUAGCUAGUAAGGCAUCGGUAUGGCAAGCAUUAUCUCCUUUGGUGAUUGAAGCCUCCCUGAAUGUUUCUACAGAGUUGGAAGAACUUUUCAAGUCAAAAAUUGGAAAAAACACUAUCCUUAUCCCUUUCAAUAAUUAAUUAGAUCCUAGUCAUUUAAAUAUAAUGUUUCGUAGUUAUGUAAAAUAAAAGUAACAACAUAUUUUGUUGUUCCUACUAAUAUAUUAAAUAAUAAAUAAAAUACAUUUAUGGAUUCACAAACGUAUAUGUACCAAAUAUAUAUUAUUUCACAUACCA